CGGUAACACGCAAAGACGUGCCUGUGAAUAUAGAGAAGAAGAAGACCACAUGCCAAGGCAGCGGUUCUCAGCUGUGGAGGAAUGCAUUGUAUUUUGUUCCCAUUACCAGCCUUCCAACUCCUGGCUCUGUCUGCUGCAGCACAUCCCAUCAGCCCUUGGGCUCAGCUCACUGAUCGAUAGACCACUUAGCGGCCGUGAGCUACACAUCCCAGUCAUUUGACCUGCUGGAGCUGUGGGAAUGGGCACGCAAUCCAAUAAGCAUUGAGCCAAUGAGACAAGCGAGCUGGACCGGCAACUUGAGGAACUUCCUCCUCCUUGUUCAUCUCAGGGAGGAUACAGCACUCUGCAGAUCAGGCCUGUUUUAACUAUCGUCACACACUUAUGACGUUGGAGAAGAGGGAGCAGUUGGAGUCCUUGGAGGAGUCUGAGUGCCAGCGGAUAAUGCAGUGAGGCCAGACAGACAAUCAAAUUGAUGACUCCGGUAGGCUGAGAAUGGUCCAGCUGACCCCUAAAAAUCCACAAAAAUGUGUGGUGGAUAAAACAGCAGGAACACCUUACAGUCAAAUCAAAAUGACGGGACUCGAGUAAACUUAGCAGAGGCUGAUCUGAUGAAUGAGAGAAGAAAUGCCAGAGGGACUGACGUGAAAUGAGGCAGACUUACUUCACUAAGAGCCAUGUCUGGCUUCUGCUGCGUUUUUAAUAGUUUCCUCCCCUCCUCACCUCACUGACCCAUGAAAGAAGCCAUGCCGGUCCUCACAGCAGGAGCGGGGCUACAUGAAACGUUGGCCCUGCUGACCUCUCAGCUGCGGCCCGAUGCCAAUCACAAAGAGGACAUGGUCUUCCUCAAAGAUGUCUUCAGUGAGAGGAGCUUGGGAUACCUCAUGAAGAUUCAUGAGAAGCUGAGACAGUAUGAGAGACAGAGUCCAACACCCGUCCUCCACAGUGCCUCUUCUCUGGCUGAGGAUGUGGCAGAAGAGCUGCAGAGCGGACCAAUGAGUACUGAGGAGAAGGAGCUGCUGCACCUGCUGACGUCACCACAUCUUAAGGCCGUUCUCUUGGUGCAUGACACCGUGGCACAGAAGAACUUUGAUCCUGUGCUGCCGCCACUGCCGGAUGACUUUGAGGACGAGCUGGAGGAAGAGUCGGUGAAGAUUGUCAGGCUAGUGAAGAACAAGGAGCCUCUGGGAGCCACCAUAAGGCGGGAUGAAGCCACUGGGGUGGUGAUGGUGGCUCGGAUCAUGAGAGGAGGUGCAGCCGACCGAAGUGGUUUGGUCCAUGUCGGAGAUGAACUCAGGGAGGUCAACGGAGUCUCUGUGAUCCACAAGAGGCCUGAUGAGAUCAGUCAGCUGUUGUCCCAGUCCCAGGGCUCCAUCACUCUAAAGAUAAUCCCUGCCAUUAAGGAGGAGGACCGAUUGAAGGACAGCAAGGUGUACAUGAGAGCCUUGUUUGACUACAUCCCAUUGGAAGACAAAGCGACGCCUUGCCAAGAAGCGGGACUUCCCUUUAAGCGGGGAGACAUCCUGCAGGUUGUGACCCAAGAUGACCACACGUGGUGGCAGGCCAAGCGUGUGGGAGACAGCAACCUGCGGGCGGGCCUCAUCCCAUCCAAACAGUUCCAGGAGAGGCGACUGGCCUACAGGAUGAAAAUGGGCACACUCCCGAAUCCAAAAUCCCCUAAAAAGCCUGUCUAUGACCAAGGAUGUGAUAAAGAGGACUGUGACUGUGAGGGCUAUUUCAAUGGACAGUACAUAGUCUCUCCUAAGUGUAAAGCAGUGGCGCCCUCCUGUGGCCAGGUGUUUUCCUGGGAAUUUUAUACAGCUGGUUUACGGAGGAGUUUCCGGCUGAGUCGUAAGGACAGGCAAGGACCCUCCGGAGAGGGCUCUGAUCCUGGAGACAGCGACUUCCUGACUUAUGAAGAGGUGACCCGCUACCAGCAGAGGCCCAAUGAGAGGCCCCGUCUGGUGGUUCUGAUCGGAUCUCUCGGAGCACGCAUCAAUGAACUCAAACAGCGGGUGAUUGCUGAGAACACACAUCGUUUUGCAGUGGCAGUACCACAUACCACCAGGCCCAAGAAGUCUCAUGAGAAGGAGGGUGUUGAGUACCACUUUGUCACCAAACAGCAAUUUGAUGCAGAUGCUUUAAACAACAAGUUUAUAGAGCACGGGGAAUACAAGGAGAACCAGUAUGGCACAAGUAUAGAGGCUAUCCGCUCUGUACAGGCAAAGAACAAGAUGUGUGUAGUGGAUGUGCAGCCUGAGGCCCUGAAGAGGCUGCGGACAGCAGAGUUCAAGCCGUAUGUAAUAUUUGUCAAACCUCGUGUUCCUGAGAGCAGACGUCGCCGCAGCGCUGCCACUUCACCAGGAGGGGGAGAGCAUGGCCGCAUUACAGACGAAGACCUCCAAGAGAUGCGUCAGUCUGCCAUUCAGAUCGACCAGCAGUAUGGACACCUGGUGGACCGGGUCCUGAUCAAGGAGGACUCAGCCAGUGCCUGUGCAGAACUGCGAGGUAUCUUGGAAAGGCUGGAGCGAGAGUCCUUCUGGGUGCCUAUCAGCUGGGUGCGGACUUAAACUUACCCAUCCUACAGCUUCCAGAAAAACUUCCUGCAGCUUCCAGAAGAACUUCACAGCCAACCCACCCAAAUCCUGCCCCAGUCAUCUCCUAAUGACUCUUUCCCCCCAAAAGGCCUGCUGGCCAGCCUGGGAGUCUGCUGGACUCCCUCUGACUGGCUGAUGCAGGGCUGGCCAGACUUGCCAGACUUGUCAUAAACUGAGGCACUAAAGGGAGAGGAUGAUGUCAGAGGAAUACCUUGUUGUUUGGGGGUGUUGCAGCAGAUCGACACCUCUCUUGGCCCUUUCUUUCACUUCAAGUCUUAUUUAUUCAGGUUUGGUUUUUAUUUAUUUAUUGACUUCAAAGACAACAGACAUAUGUUUGAAGUUUAAGAAGUGUUUUAUUCCUCACAGGGUCACUAUUUCUAGCUGUGUGGCAGGUUUGGGAUCCCACUCAGAGGAUUGCUCAGUCAGUCAGCUUUAUUGUGACUCUUGUUGGAGUAACUUUAGUAGCAUGUUUUUUUAGGUUCACAGUUUUAUUCAACUCAAUGCCAAUCGCAGAAUGCUUCCUGUUCAUUCUUACUGUUCAUGCAUCCUGUACAGUAUAAGAACCAAUCAUACAUUCAGCAGAACAGGAGGAAUUGAUAUAUAAAGUUAAGUGAAUGCCAUUUGAAACUAAUGUAUUCUUUUUCCUAAAUAUAAUUUCCACACAUGGACAGAAACUAAAUUAUAUCCAAAUGGAAUGUGGAAUGUGAGAUUUUUAUUUUCUACAAAUCUGUUUUUAGGAAACGCACGAAAACUGAUCAUUUAAUCUCAGAUGUAAAUAUUGUAAAUGUUAACUCCUCGUGUGCCAACGAAAGAUCUCGUAGCACUUCAAUGCAACCCGUUUACCGUAAUUUUCUGGGAACCCACAUCUGUUUGUGUGUAGAAGUAUGUGUGAAUGAAUGUCAGUGUAUGUUCACCUAAAAACCAACCUGAGAUGCUCCUUUUACGAACAGGAAUGGGUUUUGUAAGUUUCCUAUUUUUGACUGCAGAAGUAGUAGUGGGUACUAGAUGUCUGUUUUGCUUUAUUGAUGUCAGACUGGAGAACAGUGUGGAGAUGGCAGACAUCAUAUCCACAGAUUUCAAAUUAGAAUUGAAACAAUUUGUCGAUAAAUCGGUCAACAGAAAAUUAAUCUGCAACAUCAGAAAAUAAUUUGACAAUGGAUUAUUUUAAUGUAUUAAGCAAAAAUGCCAAGCAUUCCCUGAUUACAUCUUCAAUUGCAAGGAUUUCUUCAGUGUUAGACAUACAAAACAAGCUAUUUCAAUUUGAAAACAUGUUGUGUUUAAAGAUUGUAACAGACAUUUCUAACUGUUUUCUGACAUUUUAUAGAGAAACAAUCAAUUAAGCAAGAACGUUGGCAGAUAAAUAAGUAAUAAAACAAUGGUUAGUUGCAGUCCUGUUACAAAUUAAAAUCCUGAUAUGAGAUGGAUAUUAUCCUUGCAUAACAGUGGCAUAUACUUUGAUUCACAUCCUUUUAAAUCUGUCUGAUCAAUAUGUAUAUUGACAGAGAUCUUGGUCACUGUAAUUCUUCUUUCUACUAGUUGAAGAAAAAAAAAAAACAUCCCUAAAACAAAUUGAAUAAAAUAGAUGGACAAAAUACAGUCCUCAUUCUGUGUAAAAAAGUUUAGUCAACUUUGUCAAUUAUGCCAUAUGUACACGACAUAUAGAAGAUUGAAAUGCUGUUCCUUCAAGUAUGGAAAAACAAACAAGGGGUUUAUACUAAAAAUAUUUUAUUAGAUGGGUUUGUACCAGUUAGUCUUUUUGUUACCAUCCCUCUACUGUAGCUCAGCAAGGUGUGGUCAAACAAAAAAAUGUUUGUUCCCAAAAAGACUUUGGAAGAGAAUACAUUUUCUAGCUAACUCAGACUGUUGAAGCCUGAAUUUAAAAAGUAAUUUUAAAUAAUAGAAGAAAUUUUAAACAGAACAAGGAUUUUGUCCCCUAUUACUGAAAUCACUUUUCACAGCCAGCAUGGAUAUGAGAAAUUAUUACAGAGACCAAGGUACAUAUUGGCAUGAGUACCAUAUCAAGAUAGGUGAACCUAUCCUUUAAUGACACAAAACCAAUUAUCUAUAUGGCUUGACUAUCAUUUCUACACUGAUGUUUUCUUGUGUGUGAUAAAUAAAACAUCUUUCAGAUCCCCUGUGUUCUUUUAAACAUGCACUGUUCUCUUGUCUCUUCAUGUUCUGUAUGAGCCCAGAAUGUUGAGUUUGUAAUGUGACCUGUACAAAGUGCCAUAAUAAAAGCUCGCUAAGUCAAA